AUGAAGCUGAUCAUCUUCGCCUGCCUGGCCGCCGUCGCCCUCGCCCGCCCUCAGAGACCCGACUCUGAGGCCGAGACCGUUUUGGACGAGAGGUCCGACAACGGCGACGGCAACUUCCAGUACACUUUCCAGACCAGCAACGGUAUCAGCUCCUCCAACGCUGGCACUCCUGGAUCUGAGGGCCAGAGCAACAUGCAGGGAUCUUACAGCUUCCUCCUUCCCGAUGGAACUACCGCCGAAGUCAGCUUCGUGGCCGACGAAAACGGCUUCCAGCCCUCGUCCGACCUCCUGCCCGUCGCCCCGCCGCUGCCUGAACACGUGUACGAACUGCUCCGCAUUGCUGAGGAUCAGCGCGCAAGAGGAAUUACCUUCGAUUAAGUGAUUUCCGAUGCACCAUUCUCACAAUGGCUUCAUCUUCAAUUUUUAAAUAACCUUGAGGAUAUACAAUGCAACAAAUAAAUGGUACAUAAAACA